UCUGCCUGCCGACCCCAAGAUGGCGGCGGCGGCGGUGGCUGAAGCAGCAGAAGGAGAAGAAGCGGGAGCUGUUGCUGCUGCUGCUGCUGAGGCGCCUUCUUCUCCGGCGCGAGGCCGGGCCAUGGCCCCCGGGGGCCGGUGAGGAGGAGGAGGAUGUGCGAGAGCUACUCGCGGUGGCUGCUGCGGGUGUCGGUGGCGCAGGUGUGCCAGGCGCUGGGCUGGGACUCGGUGCAGCUCUCCGCCUGCGACCUCCUCACCGACGUCCUCCAACGCUACCUCCACUCCUUGGGACGCGGCUGCCGGAGAUACUGCGAGCUCUAUGGCCGGACAGAUCCAAUUUUGGAGGAUGUUGGUGAAGCCUUCAAGCUUAUGGGGGUUAACCUGCAUGAACUGGAAGAUUACAUACUCAAUAUUGAACCAGUUACUUUUGCACAUCAAAUCCCCUCAUUCCCUGUCAGCAAGAAUAAUGUCUUGCAGUUCCCUCAGCCUGGAAGCAAAGAUGCAGAAGAGAGGAAAGAAUAUAUUCCUGAUUACUUACCGCCCAUUGUUUCCUCUCAAGAAGAGGAAGAAGAGGAGCAGGUGCCAACAGAUGGAGGAACUUCAGCAGAGGCCAUGCAGGUUCCUUUGGAGGAAGAAGGAGAAAUGGAAGAAGAUGAAGCUGUUAAUGAUGAAAAUUAUUUAAGCAAGAGACCACUGGAAAGCCCAGAAUCUGAGGAAAUGCCAGCUAUGAAGCGACCAAAACUAGCUAGCAUAAAGGGAGAGGCUCUGGAUGGGACAGUGGAGCCACGUGAGCCUCUUAGUUCAAUAAACACCCAGAAAGUACCACCAAUGCUUUCUCCUGUUUGUGUUCAGGAUAGUGCAGAUCAGGUCCCUCUCUCUCCUGAGCCUCCCAUACUGGCUCCUAUUGCAAAAUCACAGUUGCCAGUUUCUAAACCACUGGAACCAAGAGCAUUUGUACCUAAAGCAAAGGUGAAAACAUCCUCUCCAGGGCAGAAGACUAAAGUUCCAAAAGGUGCCCCAUCCCCUGCAGCUGUUGGAAGCCCCAUUCGUUCACCAAAAACUGGAACCAAAGAGAAAAAAUCAGCAGGCCGAGUCAAGAGUCCUAAAAGCCCUAAGAGUCCAAAGGUUCCAGCUCCAGUUCCUCAAAUAGCAAUCAAGCAGGAGGCACCAAACAGAACUCCCUUAGCAGCGUUAAGUGAAAAGAUGGGGAAAGAGAAUAUCCAAAUAAAACAAGUUCCACCUCCAGCUGACCCUGGGAAACCCAUCAGUGAGAAUCCAACAAAGAAAGUGGUAGUGACAGAUAAGACAAUAGAAGAUUCCAUUGAUGCUGUAAUUGCCCGCGCAUGUGCCGAACGGGAUCCUGAUCCAUUUGAGUUUUCUUCAGGGUCAGAAUCUGAAGGGGACAUUUUUACCAGUCCUAAAAGACUCUCUCUGUCAGAAACUACAACUCCUAAACCUUCUGUUUCAUCCAACAGUAGUGUAAAUAAAGCGGGAAGCACCCCCAUUCCUCCUUCUGGUGGAACGUCAAGUUCAGACAUUUCAUGGACAAUGGAUGACUCAAUAGAUGAAGUCAUUCGGAAAGCAAACAUGGGAAAUCCUGCUAAUUUACCCACAAACUUUCCUUAUUUUUCAUCUCCUUCUGCUUCUCCACCAACUCCAGAACCUCUACUCAAAAUUUACGAGGAGAAAACUAAAUUGGCUUCAGCAGUAGAAGUAAAAAAGAAGCUGAAAAAAGAGCUGAAGACAAAAAUGAAAAAGAAAGAGAAGCAGAAGGACAAGGAGAAGAACAAAGAGAAGAACAAAGACAAGGAGAAAAACAAAGACAAGGAUAAAGACAAGGAAGGAGGCAAAGAAAUGAAAUUUCCAUGGAAGGAUCUGAUCAGAGAUGAUGAUUUGGAUUCCUACAAGUUCAAAAUGAAGGACUUUGAUGAUGACCCGAAAGUGAAGGUAAAAGAUGGCAGUACCAAAAAAGAGCGCGAGAAGCAUAAGGACAAGAAAAAAGAUAAAGAAAAAGGCAAGAAAGAUAAAGAGAAGAAAGAAAAAGAGAAAGCAAAAGACAAAAAAGAAAAGAUGAAAACUGCAUCGGUGCCUCUUGUUUUGCCUUCCAAAGACCUGGCUUUGCCUUUGUUCAGUACUCCGACUGGUAUGAAACUCCCAACUUUGUUGGCCCCUCUCUCAACAGUGCUACCUGACAAACUCUUUGAAGAGAAAGAGAAGCCCAAAGAAAAAAAGAAAGACAAAAAGGAGAAGAAGAAGAAGAAAGAGAGGGAGAAAGACAAAGAGAAGGAGAAGAAAGAGAAGGAGAAAGAAAAAAAGGAAAGAGAGAAAAAAGAGAAGGAGAAAGAGAAACACAAACAUGAAAAACAGAUCAAAGUGGAACCUGUUGUUCCUGCACCAUCUCCUGUGAUUCCCAGGCUGACAUUGAAAGUGGGAGCUGGUCAGGACAAAAUUGUCAUCAGCAAAGUGGUCUCAACGCCGGAGGCUAAACCAUCCACUCUCCUUGCUCGGCCAAAAACACCACCACCUCCACCAUCCCCAGCACCAGCACCUGUCCUUAUAACCCCACCACCUCCUCCUGUAGUUCCUUCUCUACCUGCAACUGCCAUUUCUCCAGCUCUGAUUCCACCACCAUCUCCUGCGAUGUUGGCUGUGGGAGGCUCUAAAGCUCCAGUUCGGAGUGUGGUAACGGAAACAGUCAGCAAUUAUGUGAUUCGAGAUGAAUGGGGGAACAAGAUAUGGAUCUGUCCUGGGUGUGAGAAACCAGAUGAUGGCAGUCCAAUGAUUGGCUGUGAUGACUGUGACGACUGGUAUCAUUGGCCUUGCGUCGGAAUUAAGGCUGCUCCUCCCCAAGAAGUGCAGUGGUUUUGCUCCAGGUGCGCCAGCAAAAAGAAAGACAAAAAACACAAGAAGUGGAAACACAAAGCCCACUGAAGUCUGUGCAGAGAUUUGUCGGACUGUCGCUUCAGCACUUCUGGCUGGCCUUCUUUUGAAGAGGGCGCUCAGACAGCCUUCUGCUGCCUCAUCCAUUGCCAUCAGGUUUCUAGGAUUAUGAUUCUUUGGAGAAUCAAGAACACACACACACACUGCCAGCUCUGAGCUGGCUUUUUCCUCCUCCCUUCUUCAUUGAACAGUAUGGGUCUUGAUCAAGAAUUGCCUGCCUGCUGAACUCACCUGCUGAAAAGCAGCAAACAGGAGGAAUCUGUAGCUCAAGGAGGGGUCUGCUAUUUUUCUCAGUGACAGCACUGACACUUGUAAAUAUUCCUGCCAUCUCCCAGUUGCUUUUUCCUCUUGCGUGUCCCUCCUUUAAGAAACAGAAGAGACUGGUAAAUGCAAGCAGCUGUCCUUUGGGAGCCACUCGAGUGAUUUCCAUAGCUCUCAGCCUCUGCUCUCUUAUAACCCAGAUAAUCAUAAAAGAUACAUGGUGGGGGCGGAAGGGGGGGCAGUAAAUAUUUUUUUUCUGAUAAGAAUGUAUGAAGCUGUAAUUCUUGCUUUCUCCCUCCCUCCUGAUUUUUAAAACCUAACGUAAAUAAAACAUGCUUUAGUUUUUUUGUGAA